UGUUAUGAAAUUCCGUCCCAAAUCGCCGCUACUCGAACUACUUCCUUUUUGUCGUGUUCUUUUGACAGCACGAGGUUAUAAUUUCUAUUUUGUAAUAGAAAACCUUCAACAAUGGCGGAGGAAAACUGGAAUGAUGAUAACAUUGAGUCUGGCAGCAUGGCUGUCGAAUCCAUGCCACUGCCACAGGCAGCCGAUAUUCCCGAAAUUAAAUUAUUCGGUCGAUGGAGCUGUUAUGAUGUCCAGGUUUCAGAUAUGUCUCUCCAGGAUUACAUUUCUGUAAAGGAGAAAUAUGCUAAAUAUUUACCUCAUUCUGCUGGUAGGUACGCGCACAAACGAUUCCGUAAAGCUCAGUGCCCUAUUGUUGAGCGUCUCACCAACUCUUUGAUGAUGCAUGGACGUAACAACGGCAAGAAACUCAUGGCUGUUCGCAUUGUUAAGCACGCAUUUGAGAUUAUCCACCUUCUCACUGGAGAGAACCCAUUACAAGUUCUGGUGACAGCUAUCAUAAAUUCUGGUCCUCGUGAAGACUCAACUAGAAUCGGUCGUGCUGGUACGGUUCGCCGUCAGGCUGUGGAUGUCUCACCACUUCGACGUGUGAACCAGGCUAUCUGGUUAUUGUGUACUGGGGCUCGUGAGGCUGCAUUUAGAAACAUUAAGACUAUUGCAGAAUGUGUUGCAGAUGAGCUUAUCAAUGCUGCUAAAGGCUCUUCAAAUUCUUACGCUAUCAAGAAGAAGGAUGAGUUGGAGCGUGUUGCUAAAUCCAACCGUUAAGUACUAUUAAGAUGGGUCUUAAUUAAAGGCUAACAAAAUUACAAAA